GGUCUCGUUGUGUAUACCCAAUGUUGAGGCAGGGCAGAACUGCUUGAGAAAAAUCCACUUCACCCACUGAUAAACAAUCGAACCAAUCGUCUUCUGUUCGUUCGGAGAUUCUUCCGAAAGUUUUGGAUACUUAUAUCUAAAUUAAGCCCCGACGUUUCGACAAACACCAACAACAAAUUGCACUGCUUGCAAGCGGCGCGGGAAAAACGAAUAUCCUCCCACUGCCGACGAGCAGUUGACUUCGGGUUUUCGUCCAGUCAAAAGGUUAAGAAAACGACCCGGACGAACGAUUCUCGACUUGCAGCUGGUUCUUCGAGGUCCGGGACACGACGAGAAGACGAGGAUCACGGAACUUUGUUGUUGUCGACUCCGUUAUAACCUUGGCCAGCAACUCGGUCAUGAGCCACAAGUUGAUAAGCUAGGAACCUGACCGGCGCGUCCCUCCGGGCAGAUGGCGUUAGUUUAAGCGCUGCUGGUUCGAGCCGUCGCUGUUUGGUGGCGGCGGUUUUCCUGAUGCGUUUUUUCGGCAUACGCGCGUCCACGAUUUUAUCGAGUUUCGCUGCUUUGUGGAUGAAGUGUGCCCACGUGCUUUUUUGACCGAUCCGCAGAGUGGCUGUGAUGCUGCUUCUUAGAUUAUUUAUUUAAACAUUGUUGUGAGAAACAAAUGAGAGAGCAAAAUGAGUAGCGGUAACUUGAAGGAGUCGUUUGAGGUGGAAAGUAAACAUGAGGCUUUUUACACCGGAGGAAAUAUCUUGUGGAGUGAAGAUAGCGAGAACCUCUUCUGUCAAAACAGAGAUUUUAUAUCUGUUGUAUCGGUGAGUAAAGGAGCUGUGAAGCUCACAUUGGGAAAAGCUAAUGAAAAUGAAGAAGAGGAUGUUAUCAACAGUUUUACUACCAGUAAAGAUGGCAAAUUCAUUGUCACCCAUCAUAAAAGUAGUCUUUUCAAACUGUGGAAUGGAACAGAUGUAAAACCCACUAAGGUUUGGAAAUCUAUCCAUAAUGGUCCUGUAGCUGCAAUAGCAUUGACAAACAGUGGAUCGAAUAUGGCGUCAGGUGGUGUUGAUGGAUCUGUAAGAUUAUGGGACUUUGAACAUCACACUUGUACGCAUAAUUUGAAAGGAGCUCAGGGAGUUGUGAGCAUUAUAUGUUAUCAUCCGGAUGUGGAGAAGCAUCUAGUUUUUGCAUCUGCUGAUGAUUAUGUUAUCCAUGGUUGGAAUACCCAAACUGGUCAAAAGGAAGUAACUUUAGAAGGGCAUUUUAGUAAAGUUACAUCAUUAUCAUUCCAUGAAGAUGGAGUCCAUGCAUUGAGUUCUGGCAGAGAUAAAGUAUUAAUAUUGUGGGAUAUCGUAAAAAAGGCCUCAGUGCGUAUUUUACCAGUAUAUGAGUGUAUUGAAGGUGCAUUCAUCAUACCAGACAGUGCUUCUCUUCCUGUAUCCAAGGCCAAAAACAAAUCGUCGAUUUAUGCAGCAAGUGCUGGAGAAAAAGGUGUCGUAAAAAUAUGGGAAAUGAAAUCUGGCCGAAUGCUUUAUGAGCAAACAAAUUCUCUGAUACCAGCUGCUAAAGAAGAGAAUGGUCUUGCUGUAAAACAUUUGCUUUACAAUGAAGAGAGCAACAGUGUUGGACUUGUCUCUACUAGUCAUAAUAUCUUGGUUUACUCAUUAGAAAAAUUCGAGUGUAGCAAACAAUUAAUAGGCUAUAUAGAUGAAAUUUUAGAUAUUGCUUACAUAGGUAGCAAUAAUUCACAUUUGGCUGUAGCAACUAAUACAUCUGAUAUCAAACUUUAUGAAUUAUCAACAAUGAGUUGUCAAAUACUGUGUGGUCACACAAAUAUCGUAUUGUCACUUGCAUCAACACCCGCCAAUCCUAAUAUACUUCUAUCCUCCGAUAAAGAUAACUGCGUGAGAUUAUGGCUGAUGGACGAAGAAACAAGGACUGUUAAUUGCAUAGGAUCAGGAACUAGACACACAGCAGCAGUAGGCUGUGUAGCUUUUUCCCAAACGGAAGCUAAAUUUUUCGUAUCUAUAAGUCAAGAUUCAUGUCUUAAGAUGUGGGAUUUACCAGAAAAUAUAGCAUACACUGGAACCCAAGUAGCCCUUAAUGCAACACAUACAGUCGCGGCACACACAAAAGAUAUUAACAGCGUGACGGUAUCGCCAAACGAUAAGCUUAUCGCUACCGGAUCUCAGGACAAAACUGCGAAGUUGUGGUCUGCUGAUAAUUUACAACAGCUGGGAGUGUUUCGUGGCCAUCGCAGAGGCGUUUGGUGCGUGCGGUUUUCCCCUAUAGAUCAAGUCCUAGCGACCUCAUCCGCUGAUUGCACAAUCAAAUUGUGGUCUCUCGGUGAACUAAAUUGCUUAAAGACUUUUGAAGGACACGAAUCUGCAGUGUUGAAAAUGGAAUUUCUGUCGCGUGGUAUGCAAAUCAUCUCAUCGGGAGCAGACGGACUUCUUAAAUUAUGGAGUGUAAAAUCUGCAGAGUGUAACGCAACAUUAGACCAGCAUAAUAAUCGGGUUUGGUCCAUUGCUGUGAAUAAAAACGAAACCCAUCUGGUGAGUGGUGGAAGCGAUUCGCUAUUAGUCAUAUGGAGAGAUACAACGCAAGAAAAUAAGGCAAAGGCAAUUGCAUUACAAGAGGAGUUAAUGAAAGAUGAACAGAAGUUGGCAAAUUGCUUGCAGGCACAGAAACUGACGAAGGCGUUGAGAUUAGCCCUGAAGUUACAAAAGCCGAUGCACGUGUUACGUAUCAUCGAAGCUCUAGUGAAAAAAGGAGAGGAAGACUUGACAACUACGAUUGUCGAUUUAAAGCCGUCGCAGCAGGACGAAUUAUUGAAAUGCGCUGUUAUUUGGAAUACAAAUGCGCGCAAUUUCCAAGUUGCUCAGCUUGUCAUAAACACACUUCUCAAAGAGAUUGGCUUAGAAAAUCUUCAAUCGGUAGAUUUAAAAGAAAAGUUGCAAUCGAUGAUCCCGUACACGGACCGACAUUUGAAGAGGUUAACGCAACAUUAUCAAGACUUGCAUCUUCUAUCGUACACGAUAAAUAGCAUGAAAGCGCAUAACCCAGCUGUUGAAGGCAAGGAGACAGCCGAAGUGUAAAUACUUAAAUAUUUUAAGUUAUUGUUAAAUAAAAAAGUUUUAUGACGUAUUUUUACACCUAAAAA